CGUAAAAGAAAGUCCUUUUCAGUUGCUCUUUCUUCGCUCCGACCUUCCUCCUGAUUCAUUGCCCUCCAUUUCUUCUUUUCACUCUAAUCUCCAUUACUAUAUCUUCUUCAAUCAUACAGAUUUUUCUUCUUCUUCUUCUUCUUCUUCUUCUUCUUCUUCUUCUACACAAUUCAAUUUCAUAUCCUUUGUAGAAAGGAUUCUUGUUAGGAAAAAGUUUUUCAGUUGAAGGAUUUUUGUUUGUCCCGUCGGUUGAAGGUGUUUUUUGUUGCCGCGUUGAGAUCUGGUUUUGAAUUCCUGCUACGAUGCUGCACAAGAGCUUCAAGCCUGCUAAAUGUAAGACGUCGCUCAAGUUAGCGGUUUCGCGGAUUAAGCUUUUGAGGAAUAAGAAAGAUGUUCAAAUCAAGCAGCUGAAGGGAGAUUUGGCUAAGUUGCUUGAGGCUGGACAGGAUCAGACUGCUAGAAUUCGGGUUGAACACUUUGUUAGGGAGGAGAAAUCGAAAGAAGCUUAUGAACUCAUUGAAAUAUUUUGCGAGCUAAUUGUGGCGCGCAUGCCAAUGAUCGAGUCACAAAAAAAUUGUCCCAUCGAUUUGAAGGAAGCAGUUUCAAGUGUUAUAUUUGCAUCGCCCAGAUGUGCAGAUAUUCCCGAGCUCAUGGAUGUUCGUAAACACUUUAAAUCAAAAUAUGGAAAAGAAUUCGUCUCAGCCGCAGUGGAGCUACGCCCAGAGUGUGGAGUGAAUCGUAUGUUAGUCGAAAAACUAUCUGCCAAAGCACCUGAUGGGCAGAGCAAAAUUAAAAUCUUGACUGCAAUUGCUGAGGAGUAUAACAUCAAAUGGGACCCCAAAUCCUUUGGUGACAACAUCAACCCUCCGGCUGACUUCUUGAAUGGACCAAAUACUUUUGGGAAGUCUAAUCAAAUACAGAUGGAGUCUAUUGGUGGCCCAUCCUCAUUUGAUCACAAUAACAAAGAAUCUUCUAGAAUACACGUUCCAUUCAAAUUUAAUGAAAGGCCUCAUAUACCUGAAAAAUCCCCCGAGCACAGUUUGAGAUCAAAACAUCAUUCCCAGCAAUCCAACUUUGCUCAUGUCGAUGCCAAUCAAAGAAACAUCACUGGCCAUCAUAAUUCAGAAACAUCUUCUCAGGGGACGCAUAGGCACUCAAAUUCUGGUGAACAAAUUAAUUAUUCUUCGAGUAGGCAGCAAUGGAGUAUGGAUUUUAAAGAUGCUACCUCCGCUGCAAAGGCAGCUGCUGAAUCUGCGGAACUAGCAAGCCUCGCUGCUCGAGCUGCUGCAGAACUUUCUAGUCGUGGAAACAUAUCCCAACCAUCCUCUUCAGAGUUCCAACAUUCUUCGUCUUGUAAUUUAAGGGCAGAAGGACCUCAAGGAUACGCUAGUGUACAUUUGCAAGAUCAACAGCUUCCUAAAGACCAAGACGUCAGAGCCCCUUGUAAAAGUUCUACAACGGAUGAUAAUUCGAGAGAUGAUGACACAAGAAGAUACAUGGGGGAUGAUUCCAAGAAUUUUAGUUAUCCGUCUUUGAGUGCUAGUAACAAUGAUGUUAACACAUCUGCGACCAAUUUCAAUGCAGCAGACAGAUACUCUUUCAAGAACUCAUCCGAACCUAGGUUUAGUGAUUCCCUUGGUAGUAGUGCCACUGUGGAGAAACAACCCAGAAAACAAGAUGCAGACACGUCUGUGGCCAGUUUCAAUGCUGCAGAUAGAUGCUCUUUCAAGAAUUUGUCCGAACCUGUGUUCAGUGGCUCUCUUGAUAGUGUGGAUGAACAACCCAGAAACUUUGAUUCUAAUGCAUCCGUCACUGAUUUUAAUGAAUCAGACAGAUACUCUCUCAAGAACCCAACUGAACCUGAGUUUAGUGGCUCUCUUGGUAGUACCCACAUGGAGAAACAACCCAAAAACUUUGAUGUAGAAUAUGUUAGCGAUAAGCCGUUUGGUACGGGUUUUGACAGAACUAGUUCCUAUGGGGAUAUGAGGAUUGAAAAUGAUUCAAUUAAAGUGCCUUCCCAUGAGAAGUUGGGGAAUGAUGCCUAUGAGAACCCUUUUGCCAUGGAUAAACCAAAUGACAGUGAAAGUACUGUUGAUACGAGUUUUAAUGAUCAUGCCAGUGUGGUCUUUGAUGAUUAUGGUCAAGAUGAUGAUUAUCUUCCAGACUACGAUUUCCAGAGAAGAGAAUCAAUUCCGGAACUUUCAUUGCCUAAGGGGAAGGUGCUAAUAAAUUCAUCAACAGAUGAUACUUGGAUCUUCAACCAAAACAAGGAUGAUUCUCCUGAGAAGGCUGUUUCACACUCGCAAAAUUUUGAUCGUACUUCUUUGUUUGCUGAAAAUAUAGGAAGUUUUGAGGAUCCUUCCCAGUCUGAUGACUUGUUGCCGGCAACUUUUGACCAUUCAGAUGGACCUAGUUCUGAAAGUGAGGAAGAGUCGAAAGAAUCUGAGCUCAUUAGUAAAGAAGACUCUAGUGAAUUCUCCAAGAAGCAGGAUUUGUACUCUGAAAAAUCGGAAUGCACUCGAAACAUUACUCAUGGAUUAUCUGGAUCUUCAGAUGAGGAGAAUAGUAGCAUGCCAUCCCGGCAGCUCUCUUCUGAGCUAAACCCUGUGCAUGAAUUGAAGAAGAAUGACAGCCCACCAAGUUCUCCUGAUAUUGUAGAGGAAUCGACUUCAGAAGGCUAUAGUGGUUUGAAUUUUGGGAAACUGAAGGGUGGCCGAAGAAACCAAAAGAGUAAUAAGCUUCCAUAUGCAAAUAAUUCAUCAAAAAAUGACUUACCAUCAAAACAAGCAUAUGAAAACGAUGCCUCAAAAACUGAGCAGUCUACCUCCGUUUCUUCUUCCACAGCUAGGACUUCGUUUAGAUCAAAUGCUUCCAGUGAAGAUAUAUAUGAUAGAAGUGUAGAAGAAAAACCAGUUAAAGAGAAGAGAUCACGAGCCAAGCUUAAUAGCUUUAAUUCCAAUCUUGACGAUUCGAAGGAAAAGUUCUCGGAUUAUACUCUCAGAAGUGAUCAAGAGUCGCAGAACAAUAAAGUGGUUCAUGAAGUCUCGAAGAUGCCAGCCCCAACAAGAGUUGCAGUUAAGUAUCCUGGUUUCUACAAUGACGAUGAUUCUGAGGAAGAUUCACAUAGUCAAAAUAUGAAAAACAGUCCUCGUCGAGUUAUUGGACUUUCUAGACGGACCAAAGCAUCUCCUAAAAGUCCAAGUCCACAGUUAGAGGACUCAUACGGGAUGCCCACGAGUCAUGAGGAUAGAACUGAGAGAAAAGCUUCAACUAGUUUCUAUGCAUCCGCAUCACCAUUAAAGGCAAAAACUGGAACAAGAUACUCUGAUCGCUUGGAAACUUCAGAGCAGCCUCAAUCAUCUAAACCUUUCAAGCAAACUCAUGAAACUAAGAGGUCCUAUAUUGAGGAAAGGUUAAAAUCUUCUGCACAGGAACAACACCACAUUUAUCCUCCAGAGUUAGAUAGGCCAGACAAUUUUGAGAGUUCAAAGUUUUCUUCUUUUUCAAGAGAGACAACUGCAGCUUCAGUAAAAGCUCGGGCUGAAUCAUGUAACUUAGAGCAGCCUCAAUCGACGAAACCUUCCAAACCGAUUCCUGAAACUAAAAGGUCUUUCCAUGAAGAAAGAUUAAAAUCUUCUACAAAGGAAUUGCCAUCCAAUCCUUCACCAAAAUUAGCAACACGAGGCAACCCUGAGAGUCCGAAAAAGGAGAAGAAUAAGGCAGUUGAGAAAGCUAGUCACGUUCACCCAAAGCUUCCCGACUACGAUAACUUUGCAGCUCACUUCCUCUCUCUUCGACAAAAUCCCAAGUAAAUCCAGUUCCUUGGCAUUGAUUUAUACUUAUACAUACACAUAAGUAUAUUUUUUGAUUUAUUAUUUUAAUUAGUCCAUGGUUUUUUGUUAGAUAGUUCUUAUUCAUGAUUCAAACACUGAAGGAUACAUCAGAUGUGCAGGUUAAAGGAUACAGUUUUCUGA